GACCGCUCGAGUCUACCCUGCUCGUCAUCCUCAUCUGCUUCUGCUUCUGCUUCUGCUUCUGCUUCUGCUCGUGCUUCUGCUCGUGCUUCUGCUUCUGCACCGACUCGGCCUCGUCUUGCCAGUAUCCAACAUGGCCCCCCUCAUUUCGUUGCUGAGCCCUUACGCCUCUUCCCUCACCUCGGUUCUGCUGAUCGACUAUGGCAUCCAGGCCCUUGGAUUCUCGAUCUCGGCUCCGCUCAGGACAGAGAAGCUGUUUGAUCUCGCAGGCGCCGUCUCGUAUGUCUCGGCCGUGGCGGCCUCUGUCCUGUUUAGGCCCGAGGGCGACGUUCUGUCCAGGCGGCAGGUUUUGGCUGCUGCCAUGACGACCCUGUGGGCCUUUCGUCUGGGCUCGUUCCUGUUCGUCCGGGUAUUCUUCAAGUCCGACAAGCGCUUCGAUAAGAUCAAGCACAACACCAAGCGCUUUGCGCUCACUUGGGUCCUCCAGGGUGUCUGGGUCUACAUCACCGCCCUGCCUGUCUAUAUCCUACUGGCGAACCCUGGCGCUUCGCAGCGUCCGCUGCAGAUCACCGACUAUGUCGGUGCUGGGCUUUGGGCUACUGGUUUCCUCAUCGAAGCCGUCGCCGAUGCCCAGAAGUUCGCCUUCAAGAACAAGCAUCCGCACAAGUUUAUGAGCACUGGCCUCUUCCGCUACUCGCGCUGUGAGUUGCAGCAACCUCCCCAGGCGGGCGAGAUCGGUUUUGGCCAACAGAUGUUGCCCUGGGACGCUGCAGUCCGCCAUUCUGGGGAUGCACAAUCGAUCUGCUGGAAAGUCGACCACGGCUGACUGCAUCUAUUUCUCCUGGCCAGACCCGAACUACUUUGGCGAAAUCACCCUCUGGGGUGGCAUGUUCUUGCUCUGUUCAGGAGGCUUUGUCAGCCCCUGGCAAUGGCUCUCGAUCAUCUCGCCGUACUUUGAGUACUCGCUGAUCAUGCAUGUUUCUGGCGUCAAGCUGCUGGAGAAGAGCUCCGCUGAAAAAUACGGAAAGCUACCUG